AUGCUGUCGUCGCGCCUCCUGCGGCAGCCAGCAUGCCAAUUGCUUCCGAGAACCUCCUCCACGUCUACAUCUUCGAUAUGCCGACCAUCGGCUCGCGCUUUCCACGCUUCGACCCCGCGACAGGAUCCCCUCGUCGAUGCCAUCCUGUACCUUCCCCAUGAGCUGAUGUCGCUCGUCCACACCGCCGUACCAUGGUAUGCCGCCAUACCAAUCACCGCCUUCAUCACCCGCGGUCUUCUUGUUACGACAUUCGGGACUCGGUCGCGCGCUCUUAUGGCCCGAUACAUUGGUCUCCAACCGCUCCGAGAAGCACUUGCUUACAAGAAACGUGACGAGGUAUUGAAGCGCGGCGGUUUCAGAACAAUAAAACAGGGUGUCGUAACUGCGAGCAAAGAGAUAAAGGAAGUCACGUCGGCGAUUGAUAAGAGAUGGAAGGUCAGCUUAAGUGGCCAAAUCAUGUGGACGUUUGGGCAACUACCUAUAUUCAUCGCCAUGGCCGAAGUCAUACGGCAGAAAUGCGGCGCUCAUGAUGGUCUGGUAGGCAUGGUGGUCGCAGCCGUCAAAGGCGAAGGCACAACGAUGACGAACGAGCUUGGGGAAACCGUUGCGCGUGUAACACCUUCUGCAUAUUUUGAGCCUUCGCUGGCAACAGAGGGGGUGCUCUGGUUCCAGGAUCUACUUGUUCCAGAUCCUACAGGUGCCCUCCCAUUCAUUGCAUCAGCCAUCAUGUUCGCAAACAUCUACACCUCGAAGAAUAGUGUCGAAAGCACUAAAAAUCGGAGGUGGCCCGGUAUACUUCGAAGGACUUUACUCUGGGUGGCUCUAUUGAUCGGCCCCAUGUGUCAGCAUCUACCUGCCGCACUGAUGCUGUACUGGUCGUCGAGUACAGCCUCGGUCAUGCUAUGGAAUCUCUGGCUGGACAGAAAGUACCCAGCGCCACGAGGAUUCACGGCGUGUAAGAGGCCGCUUAUCAUGCCGCCACCACCACCUGUUUCGAAAGGGCGGAAAGUGUGA